ACUCUCCCUCAUUGCUGCUAUGGCUAGCAGAAGCUUCUCCUUCCUGUCCUUUCUUGCCUUUCUGUUACUGAGUAGUAGUGUUUCAGGCCAAGAAAAUGGUGGCACUGAUGCUAGAAGAGAACUAGUUCCAGCCAUGUUCAUAUUUGGAGACUCCCUCAUAGACAAUGGCAAUAACAACAACCUUCCUUCCUUUGCUAAGGCCAAUUACUACCCUUAUGGUGUGGACUUUGAUGCUGGCCCAACUGGUCGCUUCUCUAACGGUUACACCAUGGUUGACGAAAUCGCUGAACUGUUGGGUCUUCCACUGAUUCCGGCAUAUUCACAAGCAUCUGGUGAGCAAAUGCUUCAUGGCAUUAACUACGCUUCGGCUGCCGCUGGUAUACUUGACGUCACAGGGAGAAACUUUGUGGGGCGCAUACCAUUCAACCAGCAGAUACAGAACUUUGAGAACACACUCGAUCAGAUAACGGGCAAUCUGGGUGCUGAUGAAAUGGCCAAUGCAAUCGGACGGUGCAUAUUUUUUGUUGGCAUGGGUAGUAAUGACUACCUCAACAACUACUUGAUGCCCAACUAUCCAACCAAGAACCAGUACAAUCCCCAACAGUUCGCCACUCUAUUGACCCAACAAUACACUCGCCAACUCACGAGCUUAUACAACCUUGGAGCUAGAAAAUUUGUGAUAUCAGGGGUCGGACUCCUGGGCUGUGUACCGAGCAUUCUUGCACAAAGUCCCACCGGCCGGUGCUCCGACACAGUCAAUCAGCUCGUUAUUCCUUUCAAUGCCAAUGUGAGGUCGACGGUUGAUAACCUCAGCGCCAAUCUUCCCGGCGCCAAGUUCAUAUACCUUGAUGUCUAUCGAAUGUUCCAAAACAUCCUCAAUAAACCUAGUCAAUAUGGGUUUAGUGUGAUCGAUCGCGGGUGUUGCGGCAUUGGACGUAACGGUGGGCAGAUCACAUGUCUUCCAUUUCAGACGCCGUGUUCGAACAGAGAUCAAUAUGUGUUUUGGGAUGCUUUCCAUCCAACAUCAGCUGUGAAUAUCAUAAUGGGAAGGGAGGCCUUCAAUGGAAACACCGAUGUCGCGUACCCGAUGAACAUCCAGCAGCUUGCAAAUCUUAAUCUUCAGCCAAACAACUAGAUUCUUACUUAUUACUUCUUAAAGAGAUUCUAAUGUCUCUCAUGAAUU